CACCCAAACAUAAUAAAACCAAAAAACAUCAACUUUCAUUCCGUUGAAGAAUCUUCUCUAUACCUAUCAUCUCUCAUAUCUACUACUAUAGUGUUGAAUUCAGAAUUCAGAAAAAUGUCUUCAACUGAAAACAAUACUAUCAAAGCGAGUUCCAGAGUCACAUGGGAAGGUUGCAGCGUCGUGCUUGAUAUUGAUACAAAAAACGGUCACCGUCUCGACUUCGCUCGUCUCACCCCUGCAGCGUCACUCUCACAUGAUCAUAAGAAUUAUUCAUUGAAGCCAUUGAUUGGUUGCCCCUUCGGUACUGUUUUUCAACUUGACACUUCUUCCGACCACGCUCCUUUUCUAUCGCCAUUCCAACCCAAAGGUAAUAAUGUUAAUAACAUUGAAGAAAUAAAAGAUGAUCGUGAGUCGAGGGACAACCGGUCAUUGAUCGACAAUAAUACUGCACAAACCCUCACUGCUGAAGAUAUACAACACAUGAGAAGACAGGGUGCCAAGGGUGAUGACAUAGUUGAAGCUGUCAUUGCCAAUAGUGCAACAUUUCAUAAGAAAACAUCCUUCUCACAGGAGAAAUAUAUAGAUAAGAAGCAGAAGAAACAUGCACCAAGGGUGCUCAUGAGGCGUCCUGUUGCUCGAAGCAUAUGUGAGGCCUAUAUCAAGAAGAAUCUAUUGAAAAUUGGGUUCUUGAGGGUGGAUACAUUGUCCCUUCUACUUUCAAUGGCUAAUGUUUCUUCUAAUUCUGACGUUCUUGUUGUUGAUAUGGUUGGUGGCCUUCUUACUGGUGCCGUGGCAGAACGUUUAGGAGGCACUGGUUUUGUAUGCAACUCGUAUCUUGGACAGACACCACAUGCCAUGGAUAUUGUGAAUCUAUUUAAUUUAAGCGAUGAAAUCCGCAAGAGAAUUGUAAGGUCUUCCAUAUCUGACUUGUUGUCGCCAAAGGAAUCACCUCAACAAAACUCGAAACAAGAUGUUGGCAGCGUGGAAAGCCAGUCAAUUGAUCAAAUGAGUGUAUCAGUCAGCAUGGAGGAAGCAUCUCGUUUACCAGAAAAUAGAAUUUCUGAUCUUGGUGCUGAAAAUACCACAUUUCCUGUUCUAAAAGCUCACAAAGCUAUCAAGGCUGGAGAAAAGGCGUCUCAAGAGAUCCUUAACUCGUGGAAGGAAAAUGGUUUUUCUAGCCUAAUUAUUGCUGCACUAGACUUGGAUACUUGGACAGUGGUUAGAGACCUCUUACCACUUUUAUCUAACUCUGCCCCAUUUGCUAUUUAUCACCAAUAUCUUCAGCCUCUAGCAACUUGCAUGCACAAUCUGCAGCUUGAGAAACUGGCAAUUGGAUUGCAAAUAACAGAACCGUGGCUCCGUGAAUACCAGGUACUUCCAUCAAGAACUCACCCGCAUAUGAAAAUGAGUGCAUUUGGAGGUUACAUUCUCAGUGGAACUAAGAUCUGCAGCAGCUGAUUCCAACUCCAAGAUCUUCUGUCAUGAUUACACUUUUUUUUCAGCCAAAAGCUAAAUACCGCGAAUGUACACUAGUUAUUUAUUAAUUACCUCAAUUACUUUU